AUGGAGAAGAAAGUCGAUCGAAGUGCAAUGGAAUCAAAUUUUAAAUUAAUUAAAGAUGUCACAGUCGUAGUUGAAUUUAUGUGGCAACAACCAGAAGAAUCUUUAAUGAGAAAUAAAUAUGCGAUCGCAGAUUUGACAGAUGAUAGCGUGGAUAAAUUGCAGUUCGUAUUUUAUAGAGAAGAAGAUAUUAUUUACAAUGAAGAAAUCAAUCCCAUCGCACGCAAAAUCGAGUUAUCACGUAUAAUAGGACGUAAUAAAGUUGUAGGUCAAUUGUUUGAUACUGCGGUUAGUCCAUCAUGGUGGUCUUGCAUGUGGCUGAACGAGAGUAUUGCUACGUUGUUCGGCGUGUAUACAAUCAAUCAGAUUAUGCCUGAGAAUCGAAUGUUGGAUUUAUUCGUAGUCCAGACUCAACAAGAAUCUCUUCGUCUAGAUGAUUCACAACUUAUGAAUCCUCUUGAUUCAGAAAUUGACAGUAUGUCUAAAAUUAAUUCUCUCUUCUCUUUCAUCUAUUACAUAAAAAGUAUAGAGUACUGA